AUGCCAGCGCUCACCGUCCCCAAGCCUGCUCCCCCUUCCCUUGGCCUCGGCGGUCGACGUCGUUCCUGGGCGUCUCUUUCUUCCAACCCCCCUGAAAACGCCGCUCAAAAUGUGAACAAAGCGAUUGACGUUGAGCUGAAGAGGGACGCAAUGAUACGGAAGGAAAGAAACGUCCGAGAAGUAAAAGUCAUCUUGUUUGGCCAACCUGACUCCGGCAAAUCAACGCUGAUAAAGCAGUUACAAUUGCUUUACGCCCCAGACGCUCUAGAUAAUAAACGCACAUUAUGGCGGGCGGCGGUGUUCUUGAACAUCCUGAAGGCGGUUCGCAUGAUUCUAAUGGAUCUUGACUUGGAAUUCUCAUAUGAAGAUGAUGAGGACGAGUUCAAUUCUCGCCAGAUAAGACAGGAGAUUGCCGCUAUCAGAGGAAAGCUACUUCCGCUCCUAGCUACCGAAGAGUCACUUGCUAUGGAACUCAGCGGUGGCGUUUCCUUCUCAAGACCUUCAGGGGCUCGCGUUCGGCCUGGGUGGCAGCAGUCUAUAAUUCCUAACGAAGGAUCUCCUUCAGAAAAGGAAAAGCCCUCGAGGCUUUUACAAGCGACCAACCUCACCGCGAAAUAUCUGAGCAUCUCGGCCUCUCUAAUUGGAAUAUUAUGGCGUCAUCCCACCGUUAACAAUUACAUACCGCUUCGGAAAAUUCAGCUAGAUGAUUCGGCAUCAUACUUCCUGGAACAGAUAGAUCAAAUAGCUCAAGCGGAUUAUAUUCCUACGAACAACGAUAUUUUACGCGUACGAUUAACUACUCUAGGGGUUGGGGAACACACAUUCGCCGUCAAGUUUGCUGGUAAAAUAAAUACCGUCACUUAUUUUGACGUCAGCGGGGCUUGUGGUCGGCGGCUGUCCUGGAUUCCAUACUUUGAAGCUGCUACGUCGUUGAUUUUCUUCGCUCCGAUCAGUGCAUUCGACGAGUACCUCGAAGACGACCCCGCAACUAAUCGGCUCCACCAUUCUCUCCAACUCAUCUCCGCCAUAUGUGCUAAUAGAAUCCUCAGACAUGCACACCUCGUUCUCUUCCUGAAUAAGAUCGACCUUCUAAAGCAGAAGCUCGAGGCUGGUAUAGAGGUCCAAAAAUAUAUCACCAGCUAUGGAGACAGACCAAACACCUACGAAAGCGUCUCGGAUUAUUUUCGAAAUCACUUCCUUCAAGCUCAUCGUAGACACGACGUUUCGCGGAGGGAACUCCAUGUUCAUUUUAGUUGCAUGAUUGUAAGGCUAUAG